UGAAGGUAUCGACUGCCCGGAUUGCCAUUGCCGAAGGCUUCAAAUAUUUUAGAACGCAAGUGGAUCCUCUCCUGCAACCCAACGUCACGAAAUACGUAGCAGCGCCACCAAAAACAAUUUCACAUCAUAUUCUGCUUAGGCUCCACAAUUGAAGUAGCACUAGUACAUCAUUCGUGGACCUCAAAAUGAAUCUCAGUUCAAUUUGGAUUGCAAUCUCGUCUAUAACACCACAGAUAUAAGCUCAACCUAAAUCAUUCAUUUCUCAGGUCUGGUUUGUUGCUAUUUCCAAUGGAUUUUCUUUGCUAUUUGCUGGUUUUGGCUUUACUUUUUCAUCAAUGGGCUCUCGGGAGCGAGUCGAGGUCCGAGAUUGGGCUCCUAACUCAAGAGCUGCUGGAAUCGGCGAGGGAGCCCCAGUUCUUCGAUUGGUUGAGAAGGGUUCGGAGGGCAAUACACCAAAACCCAGAACUCUCUUUCCAGGAGUACGAGACAAGUGAGCUCAUCAGGUCGGAGCUUGAUUCGCUUGGAAUUGGAUACUCGUGGCCGGUAGCCAAGACGGGAGUGAUUGGUUCGGUGGGUUCAGGUCGGCAGCCCUGGUUCUCUCUCAGAGCAGACAUGGAUGCUCUCCCUAUACAGGAAUUGGUAGAUUGGGAGUUCAAGAGCAAGAACAAUGGCAAGAUGCAUGCAUGUGGGCAUGAUGCUCAUGUAACCAUGCUUCUAGGGGCAGCUAAGUUACUUCAACAACGAAGAGAUGAAUUGAAGGGCACAGUGAAGCUUGUUUUCCAACCCGCAGAGGAGGGACAAUCUGGGGCAUACCAUAUCUUGAAAGAGGGUGUACUUGAGAAGAAUCAAGCAAUCUUUGGGUUACAUGUCUCACCAUAUUUGCACACUGGUGUCAUUGCUUCAAGGCCUGGUGGAUUGCUAGCGGGCUCUGGGCGGUUCUUAGCCAUAAUUCAAGGGAAAGGUGGGCAUGCAGCAAGCCCACAUAAAAUAAUAGACCCAAUUAUUGCAGCAUCCUCAGUGAUCCUUGCACUCCAACAGAUCAUAUCUCGAGAAACAGAUCCUCUUGACAGUAGAGUGAUCUCAGUUGGAUUUAUAGAUGGUGGCCAAGCAGAAAAUGUGAUCCCAGAAUCUGUAAAAUUUGGAGGCACCUUCAGGAGCCUGACCUCUGAAGCUCACUCUCAUCUUCGAAAAAGGAUCGGAGAGAUAAUAGAAACACAAGCGGCUGUACAUCGUUGUACUGCUAUUGUUGACUUCAUGGAAGAGAAAUCAAUACCUUAUCCCGCAACUGUGAAUGAUGAAGCAAUGUACGAGCAUGUAAAGAGGGUUGGUGAGAGCCUACUUGGGCAACCAAAUGUGCAACUUGAAUCAUUGACUAUGGGGGCAGAAGAUUUCAGCUUCUAUUCGCAGAAGAUGCCAGCUGCAUUUUUCUCUAUUGGAAUAAAAAAUGAGACUCUGAAAUCGGAUCAACCUCUGCAUUCUCCAUACUUCUACCUUGAUGAGGAAGUUCUUCCCAUAGGAGCAGCACUUCAUGCAGCUGUUGCAAUCACUUACUUGGACAGCCAUGUUGCUGAUACUCAUUAGUGACCUUAGUCAAUUCUCACUGUUGGAACAUAAAUCUCAAGAAGGAACAAAAAAUCUUGAGAAACAUCAGAGACAAGAUAGCCAAAUCAAAACAACAGAGGACAUAUAUGCAGUGUACCAUGUUCCCUUAUAAAUCUCCUUGUAUCAUAACCAUGUGUCCAUUGGUUCAUCUGGACUUUUCAUCAAUUGGUCUGCAAUUUAAUAGGACAGCAUUUGCACCACAAUAUACCAUAAGCACCUGCUACUUUUUUUACGAGUCUUUUAUCUGCUCAGCCCUCAACAGCAAGUUCACUCUGCAAACCUCUUGUUGCUUACUGCUAAAGAAGUUAAAGGUUUUCUUCCUCACUCUUCCUCUUA